AUGUCGAUAGUAGACAGUAGGUUGUACCUGCGGCGCGUUGAGUCUCCUGGCGGCGGGCCCGGGCGGCACGCACGGCAGCGGCAGCAGCGCGCGGCACUCGGGACAGUAGGUUGUACCUGCGGCGCGUUGAGUCUCCUGGCGGCGGGCCCGGGCGGCACGCACGGCAGCGGCAGCAGCGCGCGGCACUCGGGGUGCGCCUGCGCACGGCACCACUCGCACUUCACGCCCAGCUUCGCGAACUUUAUGUCGAUAGUAGACAGUAGGUUGUACCUGCGGCGCGUUGAGUCUCCUGGCGGCGGGCCCGGGCGGCACGCACGGCAGCGGCAGCAGCGCGCGGCACUCGGGACAGUAGGUUGUACCUGCGGCGCGUUGAGUCUCCUGGCGGCGGGCCCGGGCGGCACGCACGGCAGCGGCAGCAGCGCGCGGCACUCGGGGUGCGCCUGCGCACGGCACCACUCGCACUUCACGCCCAGCUUCGCGAACUUUAUGUCGAUAGUAGACAGUAGGUUGUACCUGCGGCGCGUUGAGUCUCCUGGCGGCGGGCCCGGGCGGCACGCACGGCAGCGGCAGCAGCGCGCGGCACUCGGGACAGUAGGUUGUACCUGCGGCGCGUUGAGUCUCCUGGCGGCGGGCCCGGGCGGCACGCACGGCAGCGGCAGCAGCGCGCGGCACUCGGGGUGCGCCUGCGCACGGCACCACUCGCACUUCACGCCCAGCUUCGCGAACUUUAUGUCGAUAGUAGACAGUAGGUUGUACCUGCGGCGCGUUGAGUCUCCUGGCGGCGGGCCCGGGCGGCACGCACGGCAGCGGCAGCAGCGCGCGGCACUCGGGACAGUAGGUUGUACCUGCGGCGCGUUGAGUCUCCUGGCGGCGGGCCCGGGCGGCACGCACGGCAGCGGCAGCAGCGCGCGGCACUCGGGGUGCGCCUGCGCACGGCACCACUCGCACUUCACGCCCAGCUUCGCGAACUUUAUGUCGAUAGUAGACAGUAGGUUGUACCUGCGGCGCGUUGAGUCUCCUGGCGGCGGGCCCGGGCGGCACGCACGGCAGCGGCAGCAGCGCGCGGCACUCGGGACAGUAGGUUGUACCUGCGGCGCGUUGAGUCUCCUGGCGGCGGGCCCGGGCGGCACGCACGGCAGCGGCAGCAGCGCGCGGCACUCGGGGUGCGCCUGCGCACGGCACCACUCGCACUUCACGCCCAGCUUCGCGAACUUUAUGUCGAUAGUAGACAGUAGGUUGUACCUGCGGCGCGUUGAGUCUCCUGGCGGCGGGCCCGGGCGGCACGCACGGCAGCGGCAGCAGCGCGCGGCACUCGGGACAGUAGGUUGUACCUGCGGCGCGUUGAGUCUCCUGGCGGCGGGCCCGGGCGGCACGCACGGCAGCGGCAGCAGCGCGCGGCACUCGGGGUGCGCCUGCGCACGGCACCACUCGCACUUCACGCCCAGCUUCGCGAACUUUAUGUCGAUAGUAGACAGUAGGUUGUACCUGCGGCGCGUUGAGUCUCCUGGCGGCGGGCCCGGGCGGCACGCACGGCAGCGGCAGCAGCGCGCGGCACUCGGGACAGUAGGUUGUACCUGCGGCGCGUUGAGUCUCCUGGCGGCGGGCCCGGGCGGCACGCACGGCAGCGGCAGCAGCGCGCGGCACUCGGGGUGCGCCUGCGCACGGCACCACUCGCACUUCACGCCCAGCUUCGCGAACUUUAUGUCGAUAGUAGACAGUAGGUUGUACCUGCGGCGCGUUGAGUCUCCUGGCGGCGGGCCCGGGCGGCACGCACGGCAGCGGCAGCAGCGCGCGGCACUCGGGACAGUAGGUUGUACCUGCGGCGCGUUGAGUCUCCUGGCGGCGGGCCCGGGCGGCACGCACGGCAGCGGCAGCAGCGCGCGGCACUCGGGGUGCGCCUGCGCACGGCACCACUCGCACUUCACGCCCAGCUUCGCGAACUUUAUGUCGAUAGUAGACAGUAGGUUGUACCUGCGGCGCGUUGAGUCUCCUGGCGGCGGGCCCGGGCGGCACGCACGGCAGCGGCAGCAGCGCGCGGCACUCGGGACAGUAGGUUGUACCUGCGGCGCGUUGAGUCUCCUGGCGGCGGGCCCGGGCGGCACGCACGGCAGCGGCAGCAGCGCGCGGCACUCGGGGUGCGCCUGCGCACGGCACCACUCGCACUUCACGCCCAGCUUCGCGAACUUUAUGUCGAUAGUAGACAGUAGGUUGUACCUGCGGCGCGUUGAGUCUCCUGGCGGCGGGCCCGGGCGGCACGCACGGCAGCGGCAGCAGCGCGCGGCACUCGGGACAGUAGGUUGUACCUGCGGCGCGUUGAGUCUCCUGGCGGCGGGCCCGGGCGGCACGCACGGCAGCGGCAGCAGCGCGCGGCACUCGGGGUGCGCCUGCGCACGGCACCACUCGCACUUCACGCCCAGCUUCGCGAACUUUAUGUCGAUAGUAGACAGUAGGUUGUACCUGCGGCGCGUUGAGUCUCCUGGCGGCGGGCCCGGGCGGCACGCACGGCAGCGGCAGCAGCGCGCGGCACUCGGGGUGCGCCUGCGCACGGCACCACUCGCACUUCACGCCCAGCUUCGCGAACUUUAUGUCGAUAGUAGACAGUAG